AUGGCCAAAGGAAACAACUAUAGCUGCUACGCAGUGCGCGCGGGCGUGCGCCCUGGCCUGUACUACAGCUGGCCGGCCUGCGCGAAACAGGUCAUGGGUUACUCACGCGCCAGGUUCCGAGGCUUCACACACGAACGGGAAGCCAUCGAAUGGCUCGCCCAGGGCGGUAUAUACCUGAACAAUCUCAAGACCGAGUCUUCCGCCUCGCCCACUCCCCCGCCAGCCACCUUUGACCAACCUGUCAACCACGGCUCAGCGUCCUCGGCCUCCAGUGCGAGGGGGCCCUUCUACGCCGUUGCAAGGGGCCGCCAGCCAGGCAUAUACCACAAUUGGGACGACUGUCGCGAGCAGGUGGACGGCUUCUCCGACGCCAGAUACAAGAAAUUCCCCACCCUCGCCGCCGCCCAAGAGUUCUGUGCCGUCUACGGCGGGGGCGGCCACUUCUCCCUGUUCAAAUCUGAAGACUUCGUGCCCGACCAAAAGGCCUCUUUUAGCGACGAGUGGGCCCGCCUUUCGCGGUCCCAGGGCUGGGAACGUGGCACCUGGCAGUACCACAAGCAGCGCGCCUCCGCCCUUCGGAAUGAGAUAGAAACACACUUCUUCGCCUCUCAGUCUGUCCAGUUGCCUGUGGUCAAGGAAGAGGAGGGCCAGGGAGCCUCCACCAUCAAAAAGGAGCAACACGAGCAUGCAGCCUUGGAGAGCGUCUCUGAGUUUGACCCACAACGCCAGGAGGCAGCCCUAGAGCUCCUCGGCUUCCAGUCCAUGUGCCGAGCUGUCGGCAAGAACCCCGGCAAAACCAAGGCUGAAUGUGAGGGCAUCCUGAAGUCGACCCUUGUCAACAUCGUUGACCUGCUCGACGCUUGCCGUCUGGGUAGAGAUACAACUCGCCUACCAUGGUCCAAUUUCGCAGCCUUCAAGGCCUACACGCUCGAUCCUUACCAGGACAAGACUAUUCCGGUCAAGGAGGCUAAGAAGGAUCCCAUUCUGAGGUGCUUUCUGCAGAACUUCUCAUCGCGAAGUGUGCAGAAUGAAUCAGCGCUCCGAGAUGGCUGGGCCAACCACGCAUACGCGCCUCACGUGUACUCGGCGCGGCCGCCAGUCGCCCCUCCACAACAGCAAUGCCCUGCACAACAACAACACCCCCACCCCGUUCCCAAUGCCCAAUCCGCGAGCACACCACCUUUCGUCGCACCCCAAGGUGGUGGCGUCGUGAUCAAGAAGAGGGCUAUGUCCGAGGAUGACGAUGACAUCAAGCAUGGACGCCAUCAAGAGAAGAAGGCCAAGGUCGAGGAAGCCCAGGCGAUCAAAUCCGAGAAGAAGGCCAAAGUUGAGGUGACCGAAGGCAGAGUAACCAGAGCCCAGGCGCUCAAAGCCGCGAAGGCCAAAGUUGAGGACGUGAUCGAAGCCAGAGUGACCAGGGCCCAGGUGAUCAAAGCCGAGGAGGUGACCCAUGCUGACCAUGUGACCCAUGCUGACGUGGUACAGGUCGACGACGUGAUUGUAGUCAAGGAGGUGAAGGUCAAGCGCGAACAGGACGAAGAAGCCAAGAAACAACGACGACUUGAAAUGAAGAAGAUCCAGCAUCGAUGGGCUCCAUCCAACUCCAUCAUGCGAAACUGGAUCUCCUCCUCGGUGUAA